AAAUUCCAAAAUGGAUCAUUUUUCAGUUUAUAUUUCUAUUUAUAUGGUGCUUUAUUCCCGUCUUCCUCCGCCGCACAUCCCCAGGCAGCUGCUUAUCCUUCCCCCAAUCUCCUUUUUCGCCUCUGCCUUCCGCAGAGGACCUUUUUUUUUUCUCGUUACAAUUUUGUUAUUUUUUUAAAAUUCAAUAUCCAACGGAAAUGGCAGUGGCAUACCGUCAAUUUUUUGGUUCGGAUGAGAGGAAGGCAAUAGAGCCGCCGCCGCCGCCGUCGAUUGUGGCGCCCGUGGCCUCAUCGUCCCUCUCCACCGUUAUGCUCACCCAGGAUGAGCUAAAGAAACUUGCCGCCUACAAGGCGGUGGAGUAUGUGGAGUCGGGUAUGGUGAUAGGCCUGGGCACUGGUUCGACGGCGAAGCACGCGGUGGACCGCAUCGGCGAGCUAUUGAAUCAGGGCAAGCUGAAGAAUAUUGUGGGGAUACCGACUUCUCGGAAGACCCAUGAGCAGGCUGUUUCUCUGGGCAUUCCGUUAUCGGAUCUAGACGCGCAUCCGAUUGUGGAUCUGGCAAUCGACGGCGCGGACGAGGUGGACGGGGAUAUGAAUCUGGUGAAGGGACGCGGGGGGUCGCUUCUCCGGGAGAAAAUGGUGGAGGCGGCUUGCAAGAAAUUUGUGGUGAUUGUUGAUGAAUCGAAGCUGGUGGGGCAUCUGGGAGGUAGCGGGCUAGCGGUUCCGGUUGAGAUUGUUCCUUUCUGCUGGAAAUUCACCCUGAGAAGGCUGGAGAUGCUGUUUAUGGAGGCGGGUUGUAUUGGGAGGCUCAGAAAAGUGGAUGGUGGGAAGAAGGGGGAGGAGCCCUAUGUCACUGACAAUGGUAACUUUAUCAUCGAUUUGUUCUUCAAGAAGGAAAUGGGGGAACUGAGGGCUGCGAGCGAUGCGAUUCUGAGGCUUGCUGGUGUGGUUGAGCACGGAAUGUUUCUUGAUAUGGCUACCACGGUGAUUGUUGCCGGAAAGCUUGGCGUCACCGUCACAAACAAGGGGUAGCUAGGCAAUUAACCAAGCCAUCUCAACUUUUUUUUAAUUUUUUAUUUUAGAUUCUCUUAAAAACUUCAUACUACUACUUCAAUUCACCUGAUCCGUUUACUAGUAUAAUCUAUAUGAUCUUAAGGAGGUAUUGGGGGGGAGUCUUUAGUCUUCCCAGAACCCAUGCAUAAUGUGUGACUUGUUGUUUGAGAUUGAAUGGGUGGGAAUAUUGCCACAUCUCUGUCACAUUGUGUUGUUUUUCUCUCCUAUUUUCACCACCUUGGCCCUCUUUACUUUUCUUUGCU